AUGGUGGACGAUGUGGAUAGUUCUAAUACAAAUUUGUCGCUCGUAGAAGAACAUUCUUCAACACAAAUAAGAUCAAGUUUAAGUUGUGAUAGCCCGCAAAACAAACCUAAUAAUAAGACCUGGAGCAGUUCACUAAAGUGUUCUGUUUCGUGUACUUCUUUAUUACCGGUUUUCAGCAUACCUUCAGAAAAGAGUCCUUCUUCGUAUGUCUACCGCACAGAUGGUGCUGAGCGUGGACUGUGUGUUGUUUUUUCAGUUGAUAAAUUUGAUCCGAUACUUUGUUUGCCACCAAGAAAUGGUUCUUUGGUUGAUAUACAAAAUAUUAAGAGAGCUUUUACGAGCCUCGACUUUAGGGUCAUAGUGCAUUCAAAUCCGACAUCCGAAAGUUUAUUUUCUUUAAUCCGAACAAUCUCAACACAAAAUCUACGCGACCAUGAUUGUUUCGCUUGUGUAAUUCUUUCUCAUGGUGAUGAGGGUGGAUUAAUAUACGCAACAGAUGGUUCUAUUCCCGUGGAUCGUAUCAUCGCUCCAUUUCGUGGAGAUCAAUGUUUGGAUUUAAGAGGCAAGCCAAAACUAUUCUUUAUCCAAUUUCUGAACACUAAUGUGUAACGGUUUUAGAAAACAAUUAGGGGGUUUUAGAGAAAAUAUUGGUUAGUUCUCCGAACAAGUUGUGUUGAACCAUAUAUACGUGUGAGAAUACUACAGAAGUUUAAAAGGAGUAGAACUUUUUCUCACUUUACAGUUGAAGAUUAUGCUGAUCGUACCAAUUCUUUAAUCUAUUCUGACUUUUGUAA